AUGGCGAACGACCCCAUGCGAGUGAAGCUGGAGCAGCUUGACGCUCUUUCGGGAGAAGCCGAGAACGACCCGGCGAAGUUCGGGCGGCUUCUGAACACCGCUAUGAGGGCGGGGGCUGCUGCUGGCGGAGACACUCAGCAGACGGAGGCCACGAUCGACGCGCAAGAGGAGCAGGACCUGAUGAAAGAACUCGAGUCUCAGCUCUACGGCUGCGAGAUGGACAUCUCCUCCCAGGACGCCCAGCCGACCCAGUACGAUCUGCCACCUGCUGACUUGCAGACAGAAGGUACAAAGGAUGGCUUUGAUGCCACGUUGGAGCAUCUCAUGCGUGAGGUCGGGCUCGAGGAACGCGAGGAUGAUGCGAUCAGAAAAUCUCCAAAGCGAGAGCUUGAAAUUGAUUUUGCCAGGGUCGCCAAGGAACUGGAGGAUGAAACCAUGUUGGCCAAGGAACAUGAGGAAGCUGAGAAAGCCAGCAGAAUGGCGAAGGAAAGGGAGGAAACUGAGAAAGCAAGGUUGGCCAAGGAAAAGGAAGAAGCUGAGAAAGUAAGCAAAAUGAUCAAGCAAAUGGAGGAAGCUGAGAAAGGCAGGUUGGCCAAGGAAAGGGAGGAAGCCGAGAAAGCCAUCAGAAUGGCCAAGGAAAUGGAGCAAGCCAAGCUGGCCAAGGAAAGGGAGGAAACUGAGAAAGCCAGGAUGGCCAAGGAAAUGGAGGAAGCCAAACUGGCCAAGGAAAGGGAGGAAGCUGAGAAAGUCAGGAUGGCCAAGGAAAUGGAGGAAGCCAAGCUGGCCAAGGAAAGGGAGGAAGCUGAGAAAGUCAGGAUGGCCAAGGAAAUGGAGGAAGCCAAGCUGGCCAAGGAAAGGGAGGAAGCUGAGAAAGCCAGGAUGGCCAAGGAAAGGGAGGAAGCCGAGAAAGCCAUCAGACUGGCGAAGGAAAUGGAGGAAGCCAAGCUGGCCAAGGAAAGGGAGGAAACUGAGAAAGCCAGGAUGGCCAAGGAAAUGGAGGAAGCCAAGCUGGCCAAGGAAAGGGAGGAAGCUGAGAAAGCCAGGAUGGCCAAGGAAAGGGAGGAAGCUGAGCAUGCCAGGUUGGCCAAGGAAAGGGAACAGUUCAGGCUGGCAAGAUUGGCCAAGGACAAGGAGGAGGCCGAACAGAUGAGAUCGGCCAAGGACAAGAGCGACCGUGAGACAGUCAGGCUGGCCAAGGAAAAGGAAGACGCUGAUAAAGCCAAGGUGGAGGCCGUGCGUCGACGUGGCAACACAGGCGGCAAAAAAUACCAGGCUUUGCCGAUGAACGCGACAAAGUUGCAAAAGCUACAGCUCUUGCAGGACAUUAUGGCUACUGGGGAUGAGGGGUGCAAGCAGUUCUGCAAGGAUGAGCUUGCAAAACUGAUCAAGCCGAAGGCAGCAACGCCAGCUCCGGCCCCUACCAGUGAUGCCGAUCCUCCGGCCCCUACCACAACGGGUGCCGAUCCUCCGGCCCCUACCACCAGGGGUGCCGAUCCUCCGGCCGCUACCACCCGGGGUGCCGAUCCUCCGGCCCCUACCACCAGGGGUGCCGUUCCUCCGGCCCCUAAUGCCCCGACCUUUGAUGAUGUCAGUGCGAAGAUGGGUUGGUCAAGUCCUGCAACCCCACGCAUGGUGGAGGCACCUGGUACGCCAUCUCCUGCAACGCCUGGCAGUGCAAUCACAACGCCUGGCAGUGCAAAAACAACGCCUGGCAGUGCAAGCGACGGCUUGGUCCAAGGUUCUGCGCCACUCUACAACCGAAAGAACGCCGCCAUGUUCUUGAAUCGCCUGAAAGGCAACCCAAAGAGGAUGCAAGCCUUGCCUGAUGACUUGGCAAAGUUGGUGCGGGACGAAGAUUCAAAGAGCAAAGCCAUCGACUUGAUCGUCGCUGCAGGAGGAGACGAAAAUGAGCUGGUCGGGCAGUGGACUGCAUCGUCCAUUUCUGUGGGGACGGACAAGGAAAAGGGAAAGAUGAAACCUUUGACGGAACAGGAAUUGAUCGGCAAGUACGGUGCGGUCAAUGCUGCGAAGGUGAUGGAGGAAAAAAGGAAGGCUGGUUUGGAGGUUGAUGAUCCCAAUUGUAAAGGGCUCAAGCUUUACUUGCACAACGAGUGGCAGAGGGAAUGGACGAGAGGCACAGAAGAACGAAGCAGUUUCACUGCUUCCGGAGAAGUUCGUGCGGGUGACGCUGCCAACGUUGCACAAAUUCUCAGUGUGCCCCGGCGGGCGCUGACAGGGCCCGGCCAGGAUGAUGAGGACAAUGUGGACAUGGAGGAGGACCCAAAGCCACUUCCGACCAAAAAACCAAAGAAAGCCAGGAAAAAUGAAGCCAGCGGCAAAGAGAAAGACGAAGACGGUGAAACUGAGCCGGAAGCACCACGAGUGGAGAAACUUACACCGCUGGACAAGGCGGCAGACUUAAGGGGGCGGGCCCUCUCGAAGGCCAACCACGCUGGCUCGAUGCGGAAGCAGUUGAAAGGAGUCAGCUAUGCGACUGAAUGCCUCAAGGAGAUGACCAACUUCGAGCAGGAGUUCCAGGCGAUCUACGACCAGGUGGACAAGCUCAUCUCUGAGCUGGUCCACGAUGAUGGGGUCUAUCUUCCCAUUGCUACCAGAUAUCUCGAUAUCGCGAAGCGUUAUGAGAGGCCCAGCAAGGUAGCAAACAGCUUGAUCCGAGCUGCGAAGGCGACUCCGAAGGAUCCAACCGCGCCCAAAGGAUCGGCUAAAGCCAAGUCCAAGAAGCGCAAAGCCGCGGAGGGACCGCAGAUGACUUUGACUCCGCUGGUGCAGCUUUACUGGCCCAGCGCAUGGGUGCUGGAGACUCUUGACUUGGAUGCGAUACCUGUGGCCGAAAAAAGCAGAAUAGCAUCUGCCUUCCGGCGAGAUGGGGCAUCUGGACUUGCCCUUUCACAAAUGGCAAGCAGCGAACGGGAGAGGGAUUUCUUCCGCUGGAUGAAGUUACCCAUCCAGCCCCUGCUGGUGGAUUUGCCUGUGUGGAGCAACACCAAAGAACGCAAGGACAAACAACUGAUAUUUGAGAAAACAGCUUUCUGUCUUCCCAGUGAUGUUCUCUGCGAGCUUUGCAAAAGAUCACUGGUGGAAACCUGUCUUAUUGGACAUUCGCACCUCGGCACGUCAGUAGAUGAAUGGUGGAAGCAAGAACGGGACCAGGUUUACAUACGGGAGAUCUCCCGGAACAAUCCCAACUACCAGGACAUGCUUCCAUUACGCUUUCAUGAGGAUGGUGUACCAACAACUAAGAGCGAAACAUGCAACUUCUGGUCUUGGACCACGCCUUUGGCUAGCCGCGGAAGCGAGAUCUCUCGCUUCUGCAUUGUUGGUGUCACGAACAGUCGUGUCGCGCCCGAAACGAGACGCUGCAUCGCUGACAUCAUCGCUUGGGAUCUUCGAGCACUGGAACGUGGCGUUUUUCCAUCCUGCGACCACAACGACGUUCCGUGGCCAGCUGGCUCAGCGCGAGCCCAAAAGAUUGGCCAAAACAUUGGGAUCAGAGCAUGCUUCUCAUAUUGGGCUGGAGAUAUGGAAGCUCAUGCAAAAUCACACAAUCUUCAGAGGCACUAUAACAAGCCUUCGAUAUGCGAUUGGUGUUGGGCAUCGAGCAGGGACAAACAGCUGACUUUCACAGACUUUUCUUCGUCAGCUCUGUGGCGCUCUACAUGCAGCUACCAUGAGCCGCUGCCACACCAAGAAGAACGAUCUGUUUGGUGCUCAGUCAAGGGCUUCACCAAGCGCCGCCGCCUGUUUGACAUUAUGCACCUCGCCCAUCUGGGUUACAUCCGGGACCUUGUGGCUUCCAUUCUGGUUGAGACCGUGAGAUCGGGCGAGAUGGCAGCUUUCUUGCGAUUCGAUGGCAGCCCAGAUCAGCUUCUUCACAGGUGGACUGCGGAAGCCCAAAGUUUCUGCAAGGAUCGUGGCCUGGAUUGCUCGAUGAAGCCGCUGACGUGGGAAACUUUACAUGCCAACAAGAAGGCUAUCUACCCUGAUCUCACAAGCCGUAUAAAAGCAAGUCGGACCAGAAACUUGCUGGCGUUUACCGCUUAUUACUGCUGUCAACUGGAAAUACUGGUGUCUGGUGACGCACCCUCAGACACGGUGCAUUGGUCGAGGUGCAGGGCAACGAUGGUAUGGUGCUUGGAUGCAGCAUUGAGUGUUGGGGGAACUGGCAGUAAACCCUUUCUCAAGCCAGAGGAGAUUAUCGAAUCACAAUGGUGUUUCGAUACGUUCCUUCUGAGUUAUGCUCACGCUGCUGCACGAUUUCAUCGAAAAGGCAUCUGCUUGUACAAACUUCGGCCGAAGAUGCAUUACACGCAGCAUUUGGUGGAUGAGCUGCCCUGCCACAAGCUCAACUUUUACCAUGCUGCGAAUUUUUUGGGUGAGGAUCAUAUGAAGUUCCUCAAGAUUGUUUCGGCCGGCUGCCACGUGACUUCUCAGCCUCGCACCUGGGCAAGACGUUACCUGACGAAACAAGUGUUUCUCUGGCAACGCUUGCCCGGGGCGACGGCGAAGAAGAAGCGCCGCGUCGCAGAAAAAAAAGAGGACGCCGCAGGUCUCUUAAGGGUUUUAGGGUUUAGGGUUUCCAAAGUUGGGGCUUCAGGUUUGGGGGUUGAGGGUUUAGAUUUCGGCUUAAGGAAGAACUUGCCACAAUGCAACCAAACAACAUUCCAUAGUCCCGAAGCUUGCAAGUUUAGGUUCCAAGUUUGA